AUGUGUGGAAAGCCAGGCGCUACCGUCGAGCGGGUCAAGAGGGAAGCCGCCCGCGAAGCCAGGCAUUGGACCUCGGCCCUCACCAGCUACGCAAAGGCGGUCAACCCAGCCAAUCUGCCGCCAUUUGUGCUGCUCGACCACGACGACAAGACGAUAUCCAUCCGGGAUAGCUAUCCAAAAGCUCAAUAUCAUGCCCUGGUGCUGCCUCGCAUACCAUUCGAAUCUUCGAUCGGACCCUCGCACAAGAUCCCGCAGCUGAGCACCUCCAACGGUCGACUCUCGUCCGGCCUUUCGUCCGGCAAUGAGGUCCCCGUCGGGGCUCUCCAGUCGCUGCGCACACUGCUGGCGUCUCCCUACGCCGCCGAGGUGAUCCAGGCCCUGCGCAAGGCUAGCGACAGGGUCGUCGAGCUUCUGCGCGAGCGAAUGCGCCGCGACCACGGCGGCAAGCAGUGGACCAUCCACCGAGGCUUCCACGCCGUCCCCUCCAUGGACACUGUCCACCUGCACGUCAUCUCGUCGGACCUCGUCUCUGACCGGCUCAAGAACAAAAAGCACUACCUGUCCUUCCACCCGGACAACGGCUUCUGGCUCAGCCUGCGCGAGGCGGAGAGCUACAUCCCGAGCAAGAAGCUGCCGCACCCGGACAAGCACUACGAGUCGCUCCUCAAGGGCCCGCUCGUCUCGCACUACGACGGGUCGACGUUCCGGUACCUGUCGGAGCUCAAGGUCCACCUCGUCGAGCAGUGGCGGCAGGACCUGAAGACCCGCAGGCCCGUCACCGCCACGGCGAGCGGUCAGGCAGCAGCGACCGCGCCGUCGACUGCGACGGCGACGGGGCAGAAGAGGAAAGCAGCAUCGCCCCCUCCGCCUGCAUCGGCGCCGGCAGUACCGCCGGCAGCCAAGAUGAAGCUGGCAGAGAUUGUCAACCCGGUCGAGGAUGGCAGCGGCAGCGAGACCGAGAUCGAGCCAGAGGCGACCAAGUAA